AUGGAUAAGAAACCUUGGCAGUGUACCCAACAAGGGAACUCCUUCCGGGACCAUUCCACCUUGUUUGGCCUUCAGGAAAGUCACACUGGAGGCAAACCCUUUACAUGCAAGGACUGUGGGAAGGCCUUCAGCCAGAGCUGUUCACUUACAAAGCAUCAGAAGUCUCACACAGGAGAGAAACCCUUUAAAUGUAGUGAGUGUGGAAAGGCCUUCAGCCAGAGCUCCUCGCUCAGUGACCACCAGAGAAUCCACACGGGCGAUAAGCCCUAUGAGUGCCACGAGUGUGGGAAAACCUUCACCAAGAGCACCCACCUGACCCAGCACAUGUGCAUCCACAACGGGGAGAAGCCCUAUGAGUGUGGCAAGUGUGGGAACGCUUUCCGCAGAAGCACACACCUGACCCAGCACCGCAGGACCCACACGGGAGAGAGGCCCUAUGAGUGCCAGGAGUGCAGGAAGGCCUUUAAAGAUGCCUCUUCCCUCAGUCAUCACAUGCUGAUUCACCGGGGAGAAAAGCCCUAUAAGUGUCCUGACUGUGGGAAAGGCUUCAGCGGCCUCUCAGGGCUCGUACAGCACAAGAGAAUUCACAUGGGAGAGAAACCAUACUCCUGUCCCAAGUGCAGGAAGGCCUUCAGCCAGAACUCAUCCCUGAUCAAACACCUGAGGUUUCACAUGGGGGAACAGCCUUUUCAGUGCAGUGAGUGUGAGAAGGCCUUCAGCCAGAGCUCAUUGCUCAUCCACCACCAGACAGCUCACACCAAAGAGAAGCCCUUCCGGUGCAAAGAGUGUGGCAAAGCCUUUGGCCAGGGUGUACACCUGACAGAGCACCUUUGCAUCCACAGCGGGGAGAAGCUGUAUGAGUGCAAUGAAUGUGGCAAAGCAUUUACCCAGAGCUCAUCUCUCAUCGACCACCAAUGUAUCCACACCGGAGAGAAGCUCUGUGGCUGUUCAGAGUGUGAGAAGGCCUUCAGCAAGAGCUCAUCCCUUAACCAGCAUCUGAGGACUCAUACGGGCGAGAAGCCCUACAAGUGCCACGAGUGUGGGAAGGCCUUCACCAAGAGCAUGCACCUGACCCAGCACAUGUUCAUCCACACUAGGGAGAAGCCCUAUGAGUGUGGCGAGUGUGGGAAGACCCUCCACAGAAGCACGCACCUGACCCAGCACUGCAGGACCCACACUGGGGAGAGGCCCUGCAAAUGUGAUGCAUGUGGCAAGGCCUUCACAGACACCUCGUCCCUCUCUAGGCAUCUCUUUGUCCAUACUGAUUUUCAUUGCCAGAAUUUAAAGAGAUACCUGAAAGAGUUUGCCAAUGACGUGCCUGUGCUGGGCUGCAGGUGGGAGCUGGGGGAAAUGGGACUGAUGCCAACAUUCAAGAACUUGCCAAUAUACUUCAAUGUUGAGAGAGCCUAUAGGGAAGCCGCUGCUCUUCAGCCUGUGAAGAAGGGCCACUCCCUGCUCCCAGAGGCGGAAUUUCACGAAUGCACCAAGUCGAUGCUCCUAGGCAAGAUCCCACAGGACAAAAGGGCCCUUGGGUGCCAGGAUUUCACCCAUGCCCAGAGGACGGUGGGCUGGUGA